AUGGGGACCCUGCGGAAGCCCUUGGGGGACGGUGCGUGCCGGCAGGCGCGGGCGGGGGCGGCCUCCGUUUCCCUCGUGCAGGAUGGGCGGCCUGGGCUCUGGGUUGCAGACUCCGGGCCGGGCUUCUACAUCCUGCCGUCCACCGUGGGCUUCAUCCAGCACGACUGCACCAGGGCCACCAGUCCUGCCUACUCGCUCGCCCGGAAGCCCAGUGAAGCACCUCCCCAGGACGCCAGCCCGGGGCCCAUCUACCUCCUGGACCCGAAGGUCACCCGUUUUGGCCGGAGCUGCACCCCUGCCUACUCCAUGCAGGGCCGGGCCAAGUCUCGGGGUCUGGAGGUGACGCCAGGCCCGGGGGCUUACAGCCCGGAGAAGGUGCCCCCCGUGCGUCAGCGGAACCCCCCAGCGUUCACCCUGGGCUUGCGCCUGUGCCCAAAGCCCCCCGACACCUCGGCCCCGGCCCCCAACGCCUACACCAUGCCGCCACUCUGGGGCUCACAGAUCUUGGUCAAACCCAGGAGCCCCAGCUACACGGUGGUGGGCCGCACGCCCCCUGCCCGCCUCCUGCAGGACCCCGCUGAGAUCCCGGGCCCCGGGCAGUACGACAGCCCGGACCCCAACGCCUACCGCCAGCGCCGGCCAGCCUUCACCAUGCUGGGCCGGCCCCGUGCCCCACGGCCCCCGGAGGAGACACCUGGGCCCGGAAGCCACAGCCCCGAGCAGGUCACCGUGAACAGAGCCAGGGCCCCUGCGUACAGCAUGGGUAUCCGCCACUCCAAGCGGGCGGACACCGCGCCCUGACUGCCUGGGCCUCCAUGGGAAGAGGGGUGCGGCGGGGGCCCAGGGCGGCCCCGGGCACAUGGCGCCUCCUCCCACCCCUCCCUCUCUGUCUGAAGUCUCUCCAGGCCUCCUGGCCCUCUGGUCUCCGGGCCGCUCCCCAAGGCCCCAUGUAGCGCCCCAGUUUCUCCUCUCGGUCGCGCCAGGCCAGAGCAGGCCCGCAAAAGUGUCUCUUUUCCUGGCCAGAGAUGGAGCUCUCUGCUUCCUGGAACUCGGUGUCCAGCCCCACCAGGGCCCUGGGCCCCGCACGGCUCCGGUUUCUGCCAAGCUUGGGUUCAUCCCUGCCUCUCAUGGAGUGUGGCCCACAGAGGCACCCGUCUGCCCCGCCCAUCCCCGAGUCGCUGCCAAUAAAUCUCUGCGCCAACAGCUGUCAGCAGCC